UUCUAUUGGAUUUAAAAAUAAUACGCAAAAAACAAGCCUCCGAUGGUAAUGGCCGUGAUACUGUUGCUCGCCCUGGCAGUUGUACUCGGUUGCUAUUGCGCGAUUCACAGGCAAAAGAUCAGUGCGAUUUACUUGAAGCCGCUGCUAAAGAAUACGCCGCUGGAGGAUUGUUAUCAUGCCACGCCCAUCGAGCAGCGAAAGCGUCGCAGCAUCUGGGAUAUACCCGGACCGCAGCGGAUACCAUUUCUGGGCACCAAAUGGAUAUUCCUCUUAUUCUAUCGGCGCUACAAAAUGACAAAGCUGCAUGAGGUCUACGCAGAUCUGAAUCGACAGUACGGUGACAUUGUGCUCGAGGUGAUGCCCUCGAAUGUGCCCAUUGUGCAUCUAUAUAAGCGCGAGGAUCUGGAGAAGGUGCUCAAGUAUCCCAGCAAGUAUCCCUUUCGCCCGCCCACCGAAAUCAUUGUAAUGUAUCGACAAUCCCGACCCGAUCGCUAUGCCAGCGUGGGGAUAGUCAACGAGCAGGGACCGAUGUGGCAGCGACUGCGCUCCUCGCUCACCUCCAGCAUCACCUCACCGCGCAUCCUGCAGAACUUUCUGCCCGCUCUGAACGCCGUUUGCGAUGAUUUCGUUGAACUGCUGCGUGCCAGACGCGAUCCCCAGACCCAGGUGGUGCCCAACUUUGAGGAGUUGGCCAAUCUGAUGGGUCUGGAAGCCGUUUGCACCUUGAUGCUGGGCAGGCGAAUGGGAUUCCUGGCCGCCAAUGCCAAGCAGCCGGAGAAGAUAAGCCAACUGGCGGCGGCUGUCAAGCAGCUGUUUAUCUCGCAGCGCGAUUCAUAUUAUGGCCUGGGCCUGUGGAAAUACUUUCCCACCAAGACGUACCGGGAGUUUGCGCGUGCCGAAGACUUGAUCUAUGAUGUCAUCUCGGAGAUCAUUGACAACGAGCUGGAGGAGCACAAGAAAUCGGCGGCCUGCGAAGAUGAGGAUGCGGCGGGCUUGCGCAGCGUAUUCCUCAACAUACUCGAGCUCAAGGAGUUGGACAUACGGGACAAGAAGUCGGCCAUUAUUGACUUUAUAGCCGCGGGUAUUGAAACGCUAGCCAACACCCUGCUAUUUGUGCUCAGCUCCGUGACAGGAGACGCUUCGGCUAUGCCUCGCAUACUCGGCGAGUUCCUUGAGUAUCGCGACACUAACAUUCUGCAGGAUGCGCUCACAAAUGCCACAUACACCAAGGCGUGCAUUCAGGAAUCGUACAGGCUGAGGCCCACGGCCUUCUGCCUGGCACGCAUACUCGAAGAGGACAUGGAACUCUCCGGCUACUCCCUGAAUGCGGGCACUGUGGUGCUGUGCCAGAAUAUGAUCGCCUGCCACAAGGACAGCAACUUUCAAGAGGCCAAACAGUUUUGUCCCGAACGCUGGAUAGACUCCAGCUCGGGCAACUUUACAGUGAACGUGGACAGUGCCAGCAUCGUGGUACCCUUCGGCGUGGGUCGACGCACCUGUCCCGGCAAGCGUUUUGUCGAAAUGGAGGUGGUCCUGCUGCUUGCCAAGAUGGUGCUGGCUUUUGAUGUCAGCUUUGUCAAGCCGCUGGAGACGGAAUUUGAGUUUCUGCUAGCCCCGAAGACGCCGCUAAGCUUAAGGCUGCGCGAUCGCGAGUUAUGA